ACACAACGAACGAAUCCGGCAGUAAAGAGUAGCCAUACCGCCACAGACAUAGCAGAAACAGAAGAAGAAAAACAUCUUAAAUCUCAAUAUAAGGAUGAAUUGACCAAAUUACAGGAGCUAUUUGCUGAUUGGACGGAGGCAGAUUUACUCUUUGCUCUACAAGAAGCUCAGGGUGACCUUGAGCUUACGAUUACUCGAGUUAGUGAGG